AUGGAAAGAAAGAUAUUGAGGAAAAUCUAUGGACCAGUUAAGGAUAACAACAGCGGUGAAUGGAGAAGGAGAAAAAAUACAGAGUUAGAAAUAUUAUUCCAAAAUACAACCAUAACAGAAGUGAUAAAAAAACGAAGACUCCAAUGGGCAGGCCACGCUUGGAGGAGCCAAAAUGAGCUAAUUAGAGCAGUAUUAAAACAAAACCCGCGAGGAAAAAGACCAUUGGGAAGACCCAAAACAAGAUGGGAAGACUUAGUUAAAAAGGAUGUACAAUCGCUAGGAGGAAGAACGAAUUGGAAAGAAAGAGCAAUGGAUAGAGAAGAAUGGAGGAACGGGUGUGAGAUGGGAUGGUCUUGA